AUGGCCGAUUCUCCCAUUCCAGACGAUGACAUUGAAGUGUUAGAAGAAAUAGACGAUGAAAACUUAGUAAAGGCUAUCGAAGAGAGUCGAAGAAAUCAGUCGACCAUGCCACUCAUCAAACAGGAGCUUCGAUAUACCAUACAGUACCGGCGUAUGUCUUCUGGUCAGAAGGAGCUGGUGUUGGAGGAGAAAACAAAGUCGGAAUAUAAGUUAACAAAUGACGAAGUACGAAAGCUACAUCGACGACGGGAACAGAACAGACGAUCGUCAAUACGAUGUCGUAGGAGGAGGAAGGAAUAUGGAAAGGAUCUGGAGAAGACGAUUACUGAGCUGGAAGUAAAGUAUUGUGAUUUACAAAUGGAAAUAAAACGUUUGAAUUUAGAGAAGACACGUCUCAAGGACCUGUUAAAAAGACAUUUAAAGCAAAGUAAAUGUAAAUUAGGGGCGAACACUCAGACAACAGCUCAACCAUCACAGACAGUCGUCCACAACCAGGUGCUAACGAGACCCCAAGUCGGACUACCCAAUACCCAGUCGUCAGAUCGGCUGAAUUUCGUCAGGAAGGAGAUGAUGAAAAAAUGCACGCCUCUGAAGUCAAACAGUCGUAAACUUAAGCUGGUAUCAUUGUUAAGUGUGCACUGA